UGCGUUAGUAACACUUUAAUCGCCGUGCUGAGAGGUCGCGUUAAUUCUACACAAAACUCUGUUCUCACGUGUUAUUUACUCGACCGACGAACGAAAUAUGUUUAUGUUAAUAUAUCGGGUCCCAUUGCAUAAAACCUUAAAAGAGCUUAAAUAGUGUAAAAAGGAAACUCACGGUUGUUUAAAACAUGUUAAUUUAGUGUCGCCGGCGGUGGUGGUAAAUGUGAAAGUGCGGACGUUCAGUCGCGACAUGUUGGUACGGGUGUUUGCUGCGCUCAUGCUGUGGUGGGCCGCUUCAGAGAGUGUUCGGCCCGCACCGCUUGCUGUACCUCGCUGUUGUCCGCCAGGUCACGCGCUACCAUCAGAUCUGUUGCGGGGGACCCGUGUGGCGGCGGCUGGCCUCCUCGCAGCCUGUGAAUCCAGGGAAAACCCGCCACCCUGGGCACCGCUAGUGUAUGCCCCCGCGCGCGGUGCCUUUCUCGAGCGCGGUCGUCUGCCUCAACACUGGCGACUCUCAGAAGCAAUAGUACCCGAAUGCCCCGAACUACGUGUGGUUCUAGAACACGCGGCACCAUACGCAUUGCUCGCUAAUAAUGCGUCUCUGCUGCUUCGUGGGGCUACCGGGGCCAUUCCACCGCAGCGUUACUGCGCCGAGUCGGGAGCCGCACUCGUGUGCGCCGAUGAGGUGGAAGAGGGCGGCGUAGCCAAGUGCUGCGCUGAAGGACGCGCUUUAGAUGGAGCUCGCUGCAUAGAAGAUGAUACGCUUGCUUCGGCAGCGCUCGACGAGUUACGAAAAGCGUGGAACGGCAGCGUUUCCGUCGGGGGAUGGCCUUCGUGCGAAGGCGGCGAGUACGCAGUGGCGGGUGCUCUCGGUGCAGCUAAACUUACCCAAGACGGCGCGCUAGAGUUGCCCGGCGGUAAGCUGGCAAGCGGUGCUUGGUGCGCAGAAAGCGUACGCGGAGAGGAUAGCGCGCGCGUGCUUGCGUGUGAGAGCGCUGCCCGCGCUUUACGCCCCGUGCGGGCAGCUCGGCACGCGCUGUACGGUGCGGGGCUGGCAGUGGGUGCUGCGUUCCUCGCGGCCACACUCGCGGCAGGAUUUGCAUUGCCCGCGGCACACCACGCUCUACACUGGCGCUGCCAGACUCACUACGUGGCCGCGCUAAUGUUGGGCGACGCGCUACUGGCAGCCACUCAGCUCGUUGGGGACGCAGUACCGACGCCGCUCUGUCGUGCGCUCGCUGUCGCUAUGCAUUUCCUUUUCCUCUCUGCCUUCUUUUGGCUGAACACCAUGUGCUUCAACAUUUGGUGGACUUUCCGAGACUUCCGGCCGACGUCGUUGGAGCGCGGGCAGGAGACUGUCCGGCUGCGCGUGUACAUGGUGUACGCGUGGGGCGGGCCGCUGCUGCUGUCGGGCGCAGCGCUCCUUCUGGAUCGUUUGCCGCCAGCCGCAGCCCCGCAUCUCCUGCGCCCGCGCUUCGCCGUGCAGCGCUGCUGGUUCUACGGUGAUAUGGAAAUUUUGGUGUACUUCUUCGGGCCCGUCGGUGUGCUGCUCCUCGUCAAUCUCGCACUCUUCGUGUCGACGACCCGUCAGCUCACCUGCGGCCUGUGGCGGCGCGACGAAGUCAAGUCGACUUCGGAGCGGGCGGCGCUGGGCCGCGUGUGCGCCAAGUUGGUGGUGGUGAUGGGUGUGACGUGGGGCGCCGACGUGGUGUCGUGGGCGGCCGGCGGGCCUGAGUACGUGUGGUACGCCACCGACCUGCUCAACGCCCUGCAAGGUGUGUUCAUCUUCUUGGUAGUGGGCUGCCAGCCGCACGCAUGGGCCGCCUUGAAGCGCGCUGCCGCCGCUUGCUGCGCGCGGCCCUCCCAGCACGCCGCCACUUCGUCGUCGCACCUGCCUUCGUGCGGCGAAUCGCUCACGCACACGACUGCCGCCCCUCCGCCCGCGCAGCCGCCCGCCCAGCGCCUGCCCAUGGAGACGGUCUGUUAACUUAGUAUUACCCGUGAUCUGUCAAUGACUCCGGUCCGCCCGAGACCGAACCGAACGAGGCUGUACAUACGUACAUAUAAAUAUAUUGUGAAAUUAAAUUAGUGUUAAGAGGUAUACUAUAUUUGUAUCAUAUUGUUUUAAUUUUGUAUGUCUGUGUUAAUUUAUACAGUGAAAAUGACGAUGACGUUUAGCCUAUUCGAUUGGCUGGAAAAAUAAAAUGAUUGUGAGAUUCGAAGUAUCA